AAGCUAUAGGCUUUUAGCUUCAUUGCGUCGUCACCGUGUGCUGUUCUACUGGUCCACUUUCCUCAUACCCGCGAUUACACGCUCCUUCGUUCCCUAGAAGGUUGGCAAUUGUCAACGUUGGGUUUUAAAAGCUCCCAAAACUCAAUACCUUUCCUAAAACCCUUCUAUAUAUGCACAUAACAUUCAUAAAGACUAUUUCAAGAGAUCCACAGCUAGAUUAAGUUCUCUGUGUGUAUAAAUCUUCGUUCUUGAUUCUACCCUUUUGUGAAUUUCUUUAGAGUAGAAGAAAACACAGAUCAGAACUCCGCAGUAUUCAAGAUCCGAAGUUGGGUACUUGGGUUGACUCUCAACAAUUUUUCAAUAGUUUACAGAUUUCAAAAUCUUGAAAGUUUGGGGUUGUGGCCCUAUUGCAUUUUCUUGAGAUGGAGCAGAAGACUCCGGUGAGGUUCACACUGGGGAAGCAGUCAUCCCUUGCACCAGAGAGGAUUGUGGAUGAGUGGUUAGAUGGGAAGGAGGAUGGUGAGGAUGGGGUUUUGGAUAUUGAUCCAAGGGUGAGGUUGAUGUACUCGGCAAAUGAGGGUGAUUUGGAGGGGAUUAAGGAGAUUUUGGAGUCUGGGAUUGAUGUGAACUCUCCUGAUAUAGAUUUCAGGACUGCCCUCCAUGUGGCUGCUUGCCAGGGAUUCACUGAUGUUGCCCAGCUGUUGCUAGAUAAUGGUGCUAAAGUUGAUCCCAAGGACCGGUGGGGUAGCACGCCUCUGGCAGAUGCAAUACAUUAUAAAAACCAUGACAUGAUUAAGCUACUGGAGAAACAUGGUGCAAGGCCUCCGGUCGCUCCCACACAAGUAAAAAAUGCUCGUCAAGUUCCAGAAUAUGAGAUUCGUCCAGAUGAGCUCGACUUCUCAAAUAGUAUUGAGUUGUCCAAGGGAACAUUUCACAUAGCCUCGUGGCGGGGAACACAAGUUGCCGUCAAAAAGUUUGGAGAGGAAGUGAUUACUGAUGAGGAGAAAGUGAAGGCAUUUAUAGACGAGCUUACACUUCUCCAGAAAAUUAGACAUCCAAAUGUGGUUCAGUUUCUUGGCGCUGUAACCCAGAGCAGUCCAAUGAUGAUAGUGAUGGAAUAUUUACCAAAGGGUGAUUUGCGUACCUAUCUGGAUACUAAUGGGCCACUUAAGCCUACAAAAGCUCUUAGAUUUGCAAUGGACAUUGCAAGGGGGAUGAACUAUUUGCAUGAAAACAAACCCGAGGCAAUCAUUCAUCGUGAUCUAGAGCCCUCAAAUGUUUUGCGGGAUGAUACUGGGCAUCUGAAAGUCGCCGACUUUGGAGUUAGCAAGCUAGUGAAAGUUACAAACAGGGUUAUUAGAGAGGAUAGGCCCCUCGCAUGUGAUGAGACUUCUUGUCGAUAUGUAGCUCCGGAGGUUUUCAAAAACGAAGAGUAUGAUACCAAAGUGGACGUUUUUUCCUUUGCUUUAAUCUUACAAGAGAUGAUCGAAGGCUGUCCUCCUUUCCGCGCAAAGAAAGACAAUGAAGUGCCUAAAUCAUAUGCUGCAAAACAGCGCCCGCCUUUUAAAGCAUCUGCAAAGUUUUAUGCCCACGGGCUUAAAGAGUUAAUCGAGGAAUGUUGGAACGAGAAGCCAUCCCAACGCCCUACGUUCAAGCAAAUAAUACCCAGGCUGGAGUCCAUAUACAACAAAUUUGUCCAGAAGAGGCACUGGAAGGUGAGGCCAUUGAAAUGCUUUCAUAACUUUGAGGCUAUGUGGAGGAAAGACGGUUCAAGCGUAGGUAGCAGAACUCGAUCAUCUCGUUCUGGUCGUGGCAUUUAGCUCUUAAUGGAUAUUCGAUUUUCUUGACUUAAGUGUGUAUCAAGCCUUUGUUUUUCAUUUUUUUUUUUUCACAUUCUUACCCUUGGAAUUGUAACUCCUAAUAUGUCAUGUAUUUUUAUGUAGAAUAACCAUGUAUUCUAACUGUAAUGUAGCAAACUAUUGGGUUGUUUGCCUACUUGUAUAAUAAAUGUAGAUUUUGUUGUAUACUUGGGAUUUUAUGGAGUGCUUACAUUUUGUAUACCUUCUAA